UACAUCCACAAGUAAGAGCAAAGUUCAUACACAAUCCGCAUCAUCUUCUUUGUUGAAUUCUGCAAGACCUGCACAUGCUUAUGGUUCAACUAUGAAUAAUCAAGCUAAUAGGAAUAUAAACUCGAAGCCUGCAACUGAAUCUGGCAAUCUCCAAGAUGCAAAGUUGGUGGAAAUGAUAAGUUCUGUCAUCGUAGACAAGAGUCCAUCUGUUAAGUGGGAGGAUAUAGCUGGACUUGAAAAGGCGAAACAGGCUUUACUUGAAAUGGUAAUCCUGCCAACAAAGAGAAAAGACUUGUUUACUGGACUUCGCAAACCAGCUAGAGGUCUGCUUCUUUUUGGUCCACCUGGUACCGGUAAGACCAUGCUUGCUAAAGCUGUAGCUUCGGAGUCUGAGGCCACAUUUUUUAACAUUUCUGCUUCUUCCCUAACCUCAAAGUGGGUUGGAGAGGGUGAAAAGCUUGUCCGAACUCUCUUCAUGGUUGCUAUAUCCAGGCAACCAUCUGUAAUAUUUAUUGAUGAAAUUGAUAGUAUAAUGUCAACAAGAAUGGAAAAUGAGAACGAUGCAAGUAGAAGGUUGAAGUCAGAAUUUCUGGUUCAGUUUGAUGGAGUGACAUCUAGUUCCAGCGAUCUAGUUAUUGUGAUUGGUGCAACUAAUAAGCCACAGGAAUUAGAUGAUGCAGUUCUCAGAAGAUUGGUGAAGAGAAUAUAUAUCCCUUUACCAGAUCCACAGGCUAGGAGACUUCUUCUGAAACACAGACUCAAGGGCCAAGCUUUUUCCUUACCUGGUGUGGAUCUUGAAAGACUAGUGCAAGAGACAGAAGGAUACUCUGGAAGUGAUCUUCAGGCCUUGUGUGAAGAAGCUGCAAUGAUGCCAAUCAGGGAGCUUGGUUCAAACAUCCUAACUGUCAGGGCAGAUCAGGUAAGACCACUAAGAUAUGAAGAUUUUCAUAAAGCAACAACAGUUAUUAGACCCAGCCUGCAGAAGACUAAAUGGGAAGAACUUGAAGAAUGGAACCGGGAAUUUGGUUCAAAUUGAAGUGUGAAAACAAUAAAGGCGCCUAAUUCAAUUCUCAUAUAAAGAAAACAUCUCUACUGAAACUGAGGUGAGUGCGUUUUCAUAUUGUUCUGAAAUCUCAUGUUUGAUUCUUAUUUAAAAAACAAACUGAAAAGAAAAGAGAAAAUGUAAUGUUUUUCCUUCAUUGCUCAAAUCUCGAUUCCAAUGAUUGUGUUU